AUACUCUCUACCUCUUUUUGCUCUUAUCAACAUGGAAGAUGAAUGUAGCCCUUUCAAUUGGGACUGUUACUACCAAGAAGAGGCACAAGGAAUUGAAGAGUUGAAGCACACUUUGUUGUACACAUUGGAGUUGGAAACCACAAUUGCUUGUGCCCAUGAAGAGAUUGCAAGAAAAGGAGAUGAAGUUUUGCAUUUCAAAUGUCUUUUGUCGAAGACCAUUAAGGAGAGAGAUGAAGCCCAAUUGAAGUGUCAAGGGUUAGUUAUGGAAAACCUCAUUCUCCAACAAAAGGUUCAAGAAUUUGAAGCUAAUGCUACAUCUUUUGUUAGAAACACUCCCACUAGUUACCUAGAAGAUGACCCUGUUUUAGGGGUGGAUUCAUCUUCGGGUUCUGAUGAAGACUUUGUUGGAGCACAAGGAAUGGACAAAGUGCAACUACCGCUGACACAACCACCAGAACCGGAAGUCAUUGAUAAUGUAGUAUUGAAAAAGGGGUUGCCUGAGAAUGGCAAGUUUUUACAGGCGGUGGUGGAAGCAGGUCCAUUACUCCAAACCCUUCUUCUAGCGGGCCCGCUUCCACAGUGGCAACACCCACCACCACAACUCAAUUCAAUUGAGAUCCCACCUGUGACCAUUCCCUCAACUUCCACCACCACAACUCGGAUGCUCCUCCACCAAGAUUCUUGUGUUAGCACAAUCAUUGGUGGUGGCAGCCACAAUAACAAUGGUGGUGGAGGAUUGAUCACUAGGAAAAGGUGUUUAGAGCAAAGUUGUGAAGCACUUGACUAUGAUUCUAGUCCCACCACCAACACCAACGCCAAGAACCAAAAGGUGGUUCACCAAUCACCAUUGACCAACAUAUAGUGACUAGUGUUUUGAUUCCUUCCAACCAUAAUUUAGCUACAAAAAUUUGUCAAUUUCCAUCCUUUUCAUGAGGCUUGGAAAAGUUUAUUAGGAUGAAAGGGACGAGUAUCAUGAACCCUUUGCUUUCCCCCUUUAGAAUUUGUGUACAUUAAUUACUUUUUCCCUUAGAACUUAAGUAUCCUAACUAUUAUUAGCAAAAAAAGAGAGAGGGCACAAUCAAACCCUUUGAGCCUCUAUGUUUGAUUGAGGGCUUUCCUUUUUUUUUUUAUCAUUCUAUUUUGCUAUCAAAUCGCUACUUUCAAGUCUGAUUGAAAUUGAUAUUUUUGACAUUCGUAGUAUGCAGUUAGAAUCCAAGUCAUCUCAAGCGAUAUGAGAUGUCUUAUCCACAUUUUACGCUUGUUUUUUUCCUUUUUCGGUAUUGUUUUACUCUCCUUUCACAUAUACAGUGUGAAUUUAGGCGAGUCUCUUGUAUACUCCAGAAUGAUGGAGAAUUGUUUCUAUGAAUGAAAAAACCCUUUUGAUUUACGUUA